UCUCCACCGAUUCCGUCCCGAUAAAACGGUAAAAUUUCUGCUCAAUUUUAAUAUCUACCCGUUCUUCCUUGAAAGAUCUGAUUUCACCAACUGUGUUUGAUUUCUGAUCUGCUCUGAAACACCCGCCCCUUCCCCAUUUCCAACCGGGGUUCCGGGGCGCGGGGUUUAUGACACACAUGUCUACUUUCCCGACAUCUCUGUGUAUCCCGUUUCUGGUCCCAUGAGUUUAAGAAAAUCCAUUAGAGAAGAAAAGGAAACCGGGUUUUAUUGAUGGGUCAAUGAACGAAUCGAAGAUUGCGUUUUAGACUGUAAACGGGGGAUCGGAUAUGUGGAAUAACCGGUCGAGUCCGGUUUUGACAACACUGUCCGGUUCAUAAACUUCUCCAGCCGCCUUGAUCUCUCUGUUUUGCGAUCGUGACUCUCAGGUCUUCUGAGGCUGUAUGUAAUAGCCUCGAUCUCUAAUUCAUAUUCUCCUGUCGAACUCUCUUCUUCUUCUCUCUCUCUCGAGUCGCCAGGCCGUCCAAAGUCGUUUUCUUUGAGGCUAUACAAAGAUGACAACAAUUGAAACAGGUCCAAAAAUUACUCAAAAGCCAUCUCCUCCUUCUACUCUCAAGCAGCCAUCGUUUAAAAGGUGGGGAAGGAGACACCCUUUUGUACGAUACGGACUUCCCAUGAUCUCUCUCACUGUUUUUGGAGCCCUUGGACUCAGCCAACUCCUCCAAGGCAGUAAGGACAUCGCAAAGGUGAAAGACGACCAGGAAUGGGAGAUUAUUGAGACCAGAAAGGCUCUUUCUAGAACAGGGCCUGUCGAUGCUUACAAACCUAAAAACACUUCCAUCGAAGACGAGCUCAAGGCUAUGCAAGGGAAGGUGGACAUAAACUCGUACGAGUACAAGAAAAUUCCAAAGCUAAACGAAGGCAAGUCCAGGUAUUGUAUAAGCUCGUGCUACUUCAUAAUGAAUAUAUCAAAGAAGACUAAUUUUUUUUAUAGUAUUUGACAUGUUGAGUGCAUUUCUAACACCAUGAUACGAUAUGAUAUGUUAUGUCAUGAACCAUGAUAACAUAUUAUUUGUGUUAGUAAUGUAAUUUUUCUAAACCAAGAUGUAAAGGGAUCGUCUUAACUCUUAAACCUCAAACUGUCCCGUCUUCAAUCUUAUAGCCAUUUCUUCUUCUUAAAAGUA